UGGACCUGGUUGUCGGCCAGCGAGCAGCAUGGAGGCGCCCUGGGGGCUCAGCAACGCCGAGCGGAGCUGGUACGUCUCGGCCCAGCAGUCCGAAGCGGCGGAGGCGGAAGAGUUGAGCCCGUUGCUAAGCAACGAACUUUACAGACAGGGAUCCCCAGGUGUUUCAUUUGGUUUUUCUGUGUUUAAUUUGACAAAUGCCAUCAUGGGAAGUGGCAUCCUUGGUUUAGCUUAUGUUAUGGCUCAUACUGGCAUCCUUGGAUUUAGUUUCUUGCUGCUGAUAGUUGCUCUCCUGGCUUCUUACUCAGUUCACCUCCUGCUAAGUAUGUGUAUUCAGACAGCUGUGACAUCUUAUGAAGAUCUUGGACUCUUUGCAUUUGGAUUACCUGGAAAGAUGGUGGUAGCGGGCACCAUCAUAAUUCAGAAUAUUGGAGCUAUGUCAUCAUAUCUUGUAAUUAUUAAAACAGAGCUUCCUGCUGCUAUUUCAGAAUUUUUGUCAGGAGGCCAUACUGGGUCUUGGUAUCUUGAUGGACAAAUACUACUAAUAAUCAUUUGUGUUGGCAUUGUGUUCCCUCUUGCACUUCUUCCUAAAAUAGGCUUUCUUGGCUACACAAGUAGUUUAUCAUUUUUCUUUAUGGUGUUCUUUGCUGUUGUGGUAAUAAUUAAAAAAUGGUCCAUCCCUUGUCCUCUGCCAUUAAAUUAUAUAGAACAAUCUUUCCAGAUUUCAAAUGCUACAGAUGAUUGUAAACCAAAGCUCUUUCAUUUCUCUAAAGAGAGUGCUUAUGCCAUACCUACCAUGGCUUUUUCAUUUCUCUGCCAUACCUCAGUAUUGCCCAUAUACUGUGAACUUCAAAGCCCUUCAAAGAAAAGAAUGCAAAAUGCAACCAAUACAGCAAUUGCUUUAAGUUUUCUCAUUUAUUUUAUAUCUGCACUCUUUGGGUACCUCACGUUUUAUGACAAAGUGGCAUCAGAAUUACUGCAAGGUUAUAGCAAGUACUUGCCACAUGAUGUUGUUGUCAUGGCUGUGAAGCUAUGCAUACUAUUUGCUGUGCUUUUGACAGUCCCUCUAAUCCACUUCCCUGCAAGAAGAGCUUUAAUGAUGAUGUUUUUCUCCAAUUUUCCAUUCUCAUGGACUCGCCAUUCUUUGAUCACUCUAGCACUCAAUGUUACCAUUGUUUUACUUGCAAUAUAUGUUCCUGACAUUAGGAAUAUAUUUGGUGUGGUUGGUUCCAGUACAUCAACGUGUUUGAUUUUUAUAUUCCCAGGACUAUUUUAUCUUAAACUUAGCAGAGAGGAUUUUCUCUCGUGGAAAAAACUUGGGGCUUUUGUUUUGCUCAUCUUUGGAAUUUUGGUUGGGAAUUUUAGUUUAGCACUAAUCAUUUUUAAUUGGAUUAGUAAAUGAAACAAAUAUUUUCCCACUUCUUACAAAGAAUAAUUUACCUCUAUAUGCAAAAAGGAAUAAUUCUGUAAAGCACCUUUGAUGAAUCCUUUUUAUAUGGGUAAACAUUUUUAUAAACAUUAUUAACAGAAAAGCAGAACAAAAUGGGAAUAGGUAGCGGAAAGUGGGUUUAUAGCAGUUUUAAUUAAAAUAAAAUUCAAAAUGUUCUUUGAUA